AUGGCAGCAGAGUCUCUGAUGAGCCUCUCACAGCCCUGUGUUCCGGUCUUCAAGGGUGAAGACUACGGUAGAUGGAGCUUGAGGAUGAAGACUGUCUUUCGGUCAAAAGAGCUCUGGGAGCUAGUUGAGAAGGGUUUGGUUGAUGGUGAAGAUGAAGUGAAGCAGAGGGAGACUAAGAAAAAGGAUGCUAAGGCUAUGUGUCUCAUUCAGCAACCCGUUGAUGGGCCAAUACUUGACCGAAUUGAAGCAGCUGAGACAGCACACGAGGCUUGGGAGAUUAUUAAGAAGCAAUAUCAAGGUUCCUCUAAGAUGAUGAUUGUAAGAAAGCAAGCUUUGAGACAAAGUUUUGAAACCUUGCAAAUGGAAGACAAUGAGAUUCGACUACGUGUGGCGGUUGCUCUUGAAGAAUCAAAGGACAUCACGAAGCUCACCCUUGACGAGCUCAGCGGGUCACUACAAGCUCACGAGGUCCGAGUAAAUAGGUCCUCAUGGAAAGCUGGUUCUUCGGUCAGUGAAAAGGCCUUGCAUGUCAAGGGAGAGAGUUCAGGCUCACAUAUGAAGGAUAAGGGUAACUCCAACUCAUCUUCCAGUUGGACUCCCUCUAGAGGUCGGGGAAGAGGCUUUAUUCGAGGGAGAAGAAGGGGAUGA